CACGGUGGAGUCUUGGCUUCUGCCGGGAUUCCGGGCGGCAGUGGCUGUAUCUGCUGAGGGUAAUUAGCAGGAGAGACAGAGCUAAAAAAUGAGCUCAGCAAAGAGAAGAGGAGGACCCAAAAGUAGAGGAGGAAAAGGAGGAGGCACUGGCAGCAAACAUCAAGGCAGUGGCAGCAAACAUCAAGGCAGUGGCAGCAAAAAAGGAUUGGAUGAAAUGUGGGAGGAUGAUUUCUACGUUUUCGGUAAAACAAAAGGCAGUGGCCACAAAAAAGAAUUGGAUGAAAUGAGUGAGGAUGAUUUCUGCGUUUUCGGUGAAACAGAAGAUGCAUGCAGAUCAGGUUCUGGUAACAGAGGAAAUGGACAAACGAAGCCUGCAUCCAAGAUCAAAACACAUCAGCAGACUCUUCAUAUGACUUCAGAAAAUCAGAAAAGAGUAAAAAAACUUCUUUGUGAACUCCAGGAGCAGGAACUGGCUUCUAGUUCGAAGACAGAAAUGUCAGGCAUAGAUGAUUACAGUGAGUCAGAUGAUGAGCAGUCCUGGUCAGAUGACGAUGCAUUCUCUAAAACCGAUUCAAAAGCUGCUUCUCAAGCAAUAGUGAACCAUGUGCUAGAGACGGAAGUAUCAUCUUUUGCUGUGCAUAAGCUUUCCAGGUAUGGAUUUGAUUCUGAGCAUUGUCAAGCAGUACUGAAAACUUACAAUGGUAACAUUGGAGCAUCUUUGGAACAUUUACUUUUGCAGUGCUUUACAGAAAAGUUUGGAAAGGAAAUGCAGCACACAGAAGCUUCUGUUCCAGCAAAUAUUAAAGAUUGUUUUGAACAAAGGCAAGAAGAAGCUUUAGCCCUCCGUUCAAUCUGCGGAGACAAAUUUGUUGAACGAAUUCGAAAUCGAGUUUGGAUUAUUACAUUAGAGUUGGCAUAUCUAACAAAUAUUCUCAGCAAGACAAAACAAGGAAAUAGCAUCACCAGUAACACAGUUAAUACAAAUUCCCAGAGUAUCUGUAAAUAUUACCUUCGAGGAGAUUGCAAAUUUGGAUUAAGAUGCAAAUUCAAGCAUGAAACUUCACCCAAUGAGAAAUCACUUCCCCCCAUUCGAGAGGAUGCACAUCUUAAACUUAGUGCUCCUGUGUACGAACUUGAAGUAAGAUUUCCAGAAGAUAAUAAAUACCCUUAUCAACCACCUCUUGUGGCCUUCUAUUCUACUAAUGAGAACCUGCCCCUAUCUUGUCGAUUGCACUUAGCAGAAUUCCUUUAUGAAAAGGCCUUAAUUUCAUCUGAGUCUAAUGAACCUGUAGUAUAUGAUUUUGUAACAUGCUUAAGAGAUGAAGCUCAAGUCCUGAAAUUGCUCAAUAAGACACCCCACAAAUACAGUGUUCCCUCACUGCCUCCAAAACAAACGUUUCUAAGUAGCUCUAAUAAUCCAUAUCAGACUUCUCAAGCAUCAACAGAAGUGGAAGCUGAGGAACAUGAGAAUGACCAAGGGGGCCUACAAACAGUUCAUAUAGAGAAAGAGAGUUACGUGAAUUUCAAAAAGAAACUUUUAUUGAAAAGCAGCACUCCAUCACAAUCUAUUACCAAAGAAAAUCUUAACAUUUGCAAACAAUUCCACAUAAAAAAGUCUUCUAGGCAGUACCAAACCAUGUUACAAGAACGCCAAAAACUCCCAGCAUGGGAAAAGAAAAAAGAUAUUCUCAGAUUGCUGAGCAAAUAUCAGGUCCUUGUUGUAAGUGGUAUGACUGGAUGUGGAAAAACCACUCAGGUACCUCAGUUUAUUUUGGAUUCCUCCCUUGAAGGCCCUUCUAAUAAAGUAGCCAACAUCAUUUGCACCCAACCUCGUAGGAUUGCUGCCAUUUCUGUUGCUGAACGUGUAGCCAAGGAACGAACAGAAAGAGUUGGAAUUACUGUUGGAUACCAAAUCCGGCUAGAAAGUGUCUGGUCGUCUUCUACACGGCUAUUGUACUGUACUACUGGAGUGCUUCUGAGAAGACUAGAAGGAGAUAAAAAUUUACAAGGAAUAACUCACAUUAUUAUUGAUGAAAUACAUGAGAGAACAGAAGAAAGUGACUUCUUGUUAUUGAUUAUGAAGGGCUUAUUGUUACAAAGACCAGAGCUGCGUGUUGUACUAAUGAGUGCUACUCUGAAUACAGACAUCUUUUCUCAGUAUUUUAAUUCCUGCCCUAUUAUCAAAAUACCAGGAAGCACGUUCCCUGUAGAACAGUUUUUUUUAGAAGAUGCAAUCGCAAUGACUGGGUAUGUUUUGGAGCAUGGCAGUCCAUAUAUGCGCAGAGUAAAACCAACUGCACACAAGACAGGAAGGCACGAACGGACUGCUGCAGAAGAAGUGGAGGAGACACUGAAGCCCACUGGAUUGGUGAAAAUUACAGUGCAGGAUUCAGUCCCAGAUCAAACACUGACUUUCCAACAACUUCUGAUACGUUACAAAGGUGUUAGCAAACAAGUAUUACAAACUAUGGCAAACAUGGAUUUAAACAAAAUAAAUCUUGAAUUAAUUGAAGCCUUAUUAGAAUGGAUUGUCAGUGGCAAACAUUUAUAUCCACCAGGUGCAGUACUGAUAUUUUUGCCAGGUUUAGCAGAAAUCCAAGCAUUAUAUAAUCGGUUGCAGUGUAACGCCAUGUUCAACAACCGGCACAGCAAACGCUGUGUUGUGUAUCGUCUCCAUUCAACUCUUCCCAGUGAAGAUCAGCAGUAUGUAUUCUUCCAGCCUCCUCUUGGCACCACCAAGAUCAUCAUAUCUACAAACAUUGCAGAAACUUCCAUAACCAUCAAUGAUGUGGUCUAUGUGAUUGAUUCAGGAAAAAUGAAAGAAAAAGGGUAUGAUCCAAGCAAGGGCAUGGAAAGCCUGGAGGAUUUAUACGUGUCCAAAGCCAAUGCCUUGCAAAGAAAAGGACGAGCAGGUCGUGUAGCUUCUGGGGUUUGCUUUCAUCUUUUCAGUAGUCAUCAUUAUAAUCAUCUUCUUUUAAAGUACCACUUGCCCGAGAUACAGCGAGUGCCUUUGGAACAGCUUUGUCUCAGAAUAAAGAUUUUGGAAAUGUUUUCCACACAUAAACUUCAUUCAGUGUUAUCACAACUUAUUGAGCCACCAACAGCUGAAUCUAUAAAUGCAUCAAAGACGCGGUUGCAGGAUAUAGGAGCCUUAACAUCAGAGGAAAAGCUUACUCCCUUGGGGCAUCAUUUGGCCUCCUUGCCUGUUGAUGUGAGAAUUGGGAAAUUAAUGCUUCUUGGCACCAUCUUUCGCUGUCUGGAUCCUGCACUAACAAUAGCAGCAAGCAGAGCUCACAAAUCACCUUUUAUUUCUCCAUGGGACAAAAGAGAGGAAGCAUUCAAAAAAAAGCUUGAGUUUUCCAUAGAAAACAGUGAUUAUCUGGCUGUCAUCCAAGCAUAUAAGGGAUGGCGCCAGUCUUCAAAAGAGUGCUUUCAAGCAGGUUCCACAUUUUGCAGACAAAACUUUUUAUCAGAAAAUGUUCUUCAGAGCCAGAGACAUAGAACAGAGGUUUUCUCAUAGAGGGGAUGGUGUUCUUGAAGCUACAGGAGAAGAGGCAAAUGCAAAUGCAGAGAAUGUCAAACUGAUAUCAGCCAUAUUAUGUGCCGCUAUGUAUCCAAAUGUGGUUCAGAUAAAAGUACCCGAAAAGAAGUAUCCAAUUAUUAAAGGAGCUGCUAAAAAUAAUCCAAAACCUGAAGCACUGAUGUUUGCUACAAAAAACCACGGUUAUGUUCACAUUCAUCCAUCCUCUGUAAAUUAUCAGAUAAAGAAGUUUAAUAGCCCCUACUUGGUAUACCAUGAAAUGUUAAAAACCAGCCGGGUUUUUAUUCGAGAGUGCAGCAUGGUGUCAGUAUAUCCACUGAUCUUGCUCGGGGGAGGCCGUGUGAACAUGCACCUCCAGAAUGGGAAAUAUGUUGUUUCCUUGGAUGAUGGGUGGAUUAACUUUGUUGCAGCAUCACGUCAGGUAGCAGAACUAGUGAAAGAACUUCGCAGUGAACUUGACCAGUUACUUCAGGAAAAAAUUAAAAACCCCAGCAUGGAUCUGUGCACUUGCCCUCGAGGAUCUCGGAUUAUCAGCCUGAUUGUAAAACUUGUGACCACACAAUAGCAUUAGCUACUGUGGAUGGCUUUCUUCUAAUGUUAAUGACAGAAUAAUGAAAUGUGACACUGGCUGCUGUAUAGCUAUUUGGAAACCUAAAUAUCCAAUUUAAAAGCGGUUUUUUUAAAAGUAGCUCAAAAUAAACAAUUUUAUAAACAUGAUAGAAAUUUACACAAUAAUAAGGAGCUUGCAUACUUAAAAUAAAACUUUUUUGCAAAGCAAGGAAGUGAUAAGCAUUCAGAAAAUAAUUCAUGAACAGAUCACAUAUACAUUUAAUGUUGAAUAAUUCACCACUCCCUUUUUGUGUCUAAUAAAGCAUUAACUCUGGCAGGAUAUUAAUUUAUCCUUCCCUUUCCCAAAAUGGCAGUACAUGAAACAUAUCAGUCAUGGUUUCUACAUGAUUGCUGUGUCCAGAAAUGAAUCCUGUCCAGUAAAUUUACAUCUGUUUUCAUUUUGUCAAAUAAUGUGUUGGCUGCUAGAAUUCAAAUAUGGUGAUACAAAUUAUGGAAUAAUUGUAACAUAAAAUUGCCCUAAGAUCUCAUUUCUUAUUCUCAAAUAAUGCAGCAUUGAGCCUGAUGAUAUAGGUUAUACAUUAUAUAAAUAUUGUAAUAAAUAAAGGAAUUCUCAAAACAAAUAGCUGUCGUUCUUUCUUUUUAGGAAAACUAUAUUGUUUGAAACUGCUCAAAGCAUUGUGGUUUGAUUUGUGGAUAUAGUGAGAGGGAGGGAAGUUUUGCACAAAUGAUGAUGAAAGGAUACAUUUUACACCUCUAUUGGAAAAUGGCUACUUCCUGAAUUUUUGAGCAUGAUUCUAUCCAGGACAGAAAAUGAAUGAGAAAUUUAAGUAUAACAAAACUUAUUUUAUGAUUAACCGAUUGACUUACGGAUUUCAUCUGGAACCUCAUUAUUAACAAAGCCCAAAGUUUUUGCAAACUUCUAUAAGGAAAUUUUUAUGAAUUUCAGUCAAACAACAUUUUGGAAAUACGUCAAUAAAGUUCCUAAUGAAUUUCUUAAGAGUUUAAACAGAAUAAUAUUUAGCACACUUAUUAAUACUGAAUGUAUAUUUUUAAACAGUGUUUCACCUCAAUUACUUAUUCCUGGAAAAUGUAGUGACCAAUAAGUUUCAUGAAUACUGAAGUCAACGAUCAAGAACUUUGUAGAUAGUGUGCAUUGGGUCUUUAGGUACACAAUC